AUUCAGUAUUUUUUUUAUUUUUUUAUCUAUGAUUCAGUUUUUAUUAUGCAUCGAAUUUAAAAUAAUCGACUUCUAUACUGACUUUGAGGACUCCAGGGGGUAAGGGGUGGAGUCCUCAAAGUCAGUAUAAAAGUCGAUGCAUCGUCCCAGUAUUAUCAAAUCACUUAAAAAUCUCCUGCUUCUGCUCACUUUGGAACUGUAAGCAGCAAAACUAAAUACAAAUGGCAGCACUAACAAAAAGAGGAAUACCAAUAAGCUCAGUUAGUCCACGAUACCUGCACACAAACUCCACCAGCCACACCUGGCCCUUCAGUGCUAUAGCAGAAUUGAUCGACAAUGCGUAUGACCCAGAUGUCAGUGCAAAACGAUUAUGGAUUAAUAAAACAGAAAUGAAAGACCAGCACUGUCUCAUCUUCAUGGAUAAUGGAAAAGGCAUGGACUAUAACACAAUGCACAAUAUGCUCAGCUUUGGCUUCAGUGAUAAGAAGGCAGUAAGAGGUCAUGCUCCAGUGGGUCUUUAUGGUAAUGGAUUUAAGUCGGGCUCCAUGCGUUUGGGGAAAGAUGCCAUCGUGUUCACAAAGAAAGCCAACACCAUGUGUGUGGGUCUCCUGUCACAGACUUACCUCGAGAAAACAGGAGCACAGAAUGUCAUAGUGCCUAUGGUCAUGUUCACCAAAAACAAAGAAACUGUCAGUGAUACACCAGAACACGCAGAGUCUCUUCAUGAUAUCCUGAAAUAUUCUCUGUUUAACACCAAGGAAGAACUGCUGUCUGAGUUUAGUGUCUUUGAAGGGUUGUGUGCCGGCUCUAAUGGAACCCGUAUCAUUAUCUGGAACCUACGCAGAACAUCUUCAGGUGAGUUAGAAUUUGACUUCACAAAGGAUCGCUGUGACUUCCAGAUCCCUGUUGAUGUGUGCGAGAGCUCCAGGGGGACAAAGAGCCAGCAAAGUGAAAGUGCAGUUCGUUUGUUGUUGCCUGAGAGUGAAUAUUCACUGCGGGCAUACUGCAGUAUCCUGUACCUUAAGCCAAAAAUGCAGAUCAUCCUUCAAGGACAAAAAGUAGAAACGCAGUUUAUCACUAAAACUCUAGGAAGCGUCAUUAAGGACUCAUAUAAACCUGUCUGUUCUCCUCAACUUAAAAAGGCAGUACCAAUAACAUUUGGAUACAACACAAAGACCAAAGAGCAUUACGGACUGAUGAUGUACCACAAUAAUCGUCUCAUCAAAGCCUAUGAGCAUGUCACCUGCCAGCGCAGGGUCGACAGAAUGGGAGUAGGUGUUAUCGGGGUGAUUGAGUGUAACUACCUCACACCAACUCACAACAAGCAGGAAUUUGACAAUACAGAAAUCUACAGGAAAACCAUGCUGAGUCUAGGCAGUAAGCUUGAGGAAUAUUGUAAGGAAGUCCGGUAUAGAUUUAAGCACUGUGAUAAACCUGUUGAGGACAUUGUGAUGAAGCCAGAUCAAACCUGGGUUCAAUGUGAUGAUUGUCUAAAGUGGCGAAAACUUGCUGAUGGCAUUGAAAGUAAAAAGCUCCCUAAAAAGUGGUUCUGCCACAUGAAUUCUGACCCCAAAUUUAGGAGUUGUGAAACUGAAGAAGAGUCUGAGGAUUCUGAUGAUGAACAUAAAAAAUACGAAAAAACCUACAAACAGGAUGAAUCAUAUCAGAGGAACCUGGAGGAGAAGAUUGCAAACAGGGGGCAGCAAAGCCCUUCUAGCCACAUGCCAUCAGGCCAGACAUCACCCACAUUUCCCUCCAUUUUUUCUUCUCAUGCAGGCCCUUUUGAUAAAACUUCGGUGAACACCCAGGACACCAAUGUUCAUUCUACUCCUACAAGCAAGAGAAGACUGAACCUGGAUCAAGAGAACCCACCAAAAAAGAAACAUAAAAAUACAAGUGGUUCUAACACACCAGAUAGUCCAUCAACAGCCACAAACCCAGCUAUGGUUUAUGGCAAAGACCAGCAAAACUACCUGCAGUCCAGUGAGACAAUAAAGCAGCUCCAAGAAAAGGUGGACAAUCUGGACAAAGAGAAUAGCAGGUUGGCAAGCCACUGUCAGAGCCUGGAGAACGAAUUAGCAGAGGUAAGAAGAGAAAGUGUAAAAGAAAAGGUCCAAGUAAAAGAUCAAGAAGUCCAGACAGAUCUCCCUGUUUCCUCCGAUGAAGUAAGUGCAACAACUUCAGCAGAUACCUCCAACUCAGGACAAGAAACAGACUCACACUCACAGCAGCCUGAGACACAGGAGAGACCAGAGAGUAGAUCAGAGAUCAGUCAAGACACCAAUAACCCACAAAAAAACAGUGCUGCACCGGAGCAUUCAAAAAGUCUUCAGGAUAUCCUGACCUAUUCUUUGUUUAAUACCAUGGAAGAAUUGAUGUCUGAGUUUAAUGUCAUUGAUGGGUUGCACAGAAACUCAAGUGGAACCCGCAUCAUCAUCUGGAACCUACGCAGAACUCAUUCAGGUGAAUUAGAGUUUGACUUCACUCGGGACGAUUAUGACAUCCAGAUCCCUUUUGAUGUGUACAAGAGAACUAGGAAUACAAAAAAGCAGCAACUAGAAGCUGAAAAAUGGAUGCCAGAAAGUAAAUAUCCAUUGUGGGCAUACUGCAGUAUCCUGUACCUAAAGCCAAGAAUGCAGAUUAUCAUUCGAAGGCAGAAGGUAGAAACUCAGUUUAUCACCAAAAGCCUGGCACAUGUCUUCAAGGACUCAUACAAACCUCUCGGUCUUGGAAAAACAAUAAAGAUCACAUUUGGCUACAACACAAAGAGCAAAGAGCACUACGGAUUAAUGAUGUAUCACAAAAAUCGGCUCAUCAAAGCUUAUGAACGUGUUCCUUGUCAACGCAAGGCCAACAGCUCAGGAGUGGGUGUUAUUGGGGUGAUUGAGUGUAACUAUCUCAAACCAACUCACAACAAGCAGAAUACAGAAGAGUACAGAAAAACCAUGCUGAGUGUAGGUAUUAAGCUUGAACAUCAUUGGAAGGAAGUUGGGCAUAGACAUAAGAAAAUCCUGCAUUGCACUGAACCUAUUGAGGAUCUUCUGAAGCGUCCAGAUCAAAUCUGGGUUCAGUGUGAUGAGUGUCUGAAGUGGCGCAAACUUCCGGACGGUAUUGUAGCUGACAAGCUUCCUAAACAUCGGUUCUGCCGCAUGAACUCUGACCCAAAAUUCAGGAGUUGUACAGUUGAAGAAGAGCCUGAGGAUCCUGAUGAUGAACAACACACAUUCAAGAAAACAUACAAGAAAGAUGAAAAACAACAGAAGUUGCAGAAGGAAGAAAGACUGCAGACGCAAAAGGGUCACUCUUCAGACAUCCAAAUAACAGCCAGUCCUCCUGAUGCUACUACAAAUAAACCUUCUUUUAUCACUACACCUACAAGCUUUGUAUGCGCUCAUGCUGGUCAGUUUCACUGUAAAUUGACCAACCUUAUAUUUGAGAUGAAAGGGAAAGGGGAAGUGUUUUGCACCACAGAAUCCUUGGAUAGACGUCCAUUGCAGGGCAUCAGAAAAUACCAGCCUGCAGGACCCCUGUACAACAUCACCUGCUCUGAAGGUUCAAUCCUUUAUCUAUAUCUCCCACACUGCGAAAUACAUGCUGAUAGAAAUCAUACUGAACUGACUGUGGCACAUUUCAGUGAGGGUAAUAUGGAAAUUCUUCAGCCCCUGAAAGUGACGAAUACACAUGUGAUCAUAGAAGUCCAACAUAUGUCACUCUUUGGCCUGUUAAAAAAAUGGAUCACCCCAGAAACUUCUAUCAAUGCCCAAGUCCUUCUUUUCCACCAAACACUGCAACAAAGGAAAAAACUUUACAUCUAUCUGUUACCAGGAAAUGUGCCAGUUAAAGAGGCAAUCUGCCUUAAUGUGCAGAAUCAGCAUGAGGGCAACACAUACAUUCAGUGCAGCUCCAUAUGUCAACUUACCCCUGGAAAGAAAUACAAACCAUCCUGUCUCCCUUAUGUAUCCCAACCAAAGGUUGCAACAUUUCUCCAUGACUACGGCCCAAAUUAUCACCCCACAUUUGAGGUGAUCCUUGAUACUGACAUUCAAGAUCUCACAUUGAUUCUUUUGGAUGAAAUUGGCCAAGAAGUGUGGGAACCUCACCAGGUUUUACUUACAGCUGGUAGGAGAGCAAAUGUUUCAAAUGAACUAGGUGACGAGGCCGAAUUUGUAGAUAAUCACAGAGACAUACUCAUACAGAGAGUUUUGUUGGUAAUGGAAAUAGCAGACACUCUGCUAACCAAGGAAAUGAUCAGCAAUGAAAUGUACAAUGAUAUCAAAGAGACAUCAACCUCACAGGAUAAAAUGAGGGUAUUGUACAGAUCUCUCGACUCAGGAGGAAGAGCCAUGAAAGACGGAUUCUAUAAAGUCCUUAAGGAGAAGCAGCCAUUCAUAGUGAAUGACCUGGAGUCUAUGUAUAAAAGAUCCUCAAAUAAAACUUUUACAUAUUCUCAAAUGUAAAAAAAAGCCAAAACCUCAGUAUUGGGUAAUACUAAUACUACUAAUACUAAUACUGCCAUUUUAUCGAUUAUACUUUUUUAUAAUUUACACUCUAUAACCUUAUCUAUAAUCUACAAAUAUUUCCUAUGAAUGGGGUGCUAAAUGUAAUGCAUUUAAAAGUUGUACAAACAGUGACCCAAGCUUGUAAUUCAUUGCUUGGCUUUCUUCUUUUUGUAUUUCCAAUUUCAAAUGUUACUACCAUUAACAAAUGUGUGUUUGUAUGCAAAAUUAAGUGUGGAUUAAAUAUAUAGAAUUGUCUGGAACUCAUGAUAGAAAGUGUUUUUUGUGCCCUUUGUCAAUUGUUUAAUUUGUGAAAAAAAAUGAACUUCUAGUGUUAAAAAUGUGAAUUGACAUAUGCUCCCUCUCUUUUGCAUGAAAGAAUAUGAUUUGCUUCUUUUCAAAUUCAAAUCAAAUCAAAUA